AUUAAUCCCCCAGUCAGUAAUGAAGCUUGGAGAGCAGCUAUGGAAGUGAUGAAACAAGUGGCUCAGAGAGCCUCUGCUCUUCAUGAAAUUAAUUGCUUUGGUUUGUCUCUAGUUUGAGAAAUCAGAAUGCUUAGUAACCCCAAGGCUUGGUUAGUCAAGGAUUUGUGGCUCUUUUGGAAACUGUUCGCAAUUAUAUUGCACCAUUGCUGAGCCUGCAUCAAGUGUUGAAGGCACAAACUUAUCAAAGACUGAGGCAAGGCCUUUGCCGAAAAUUGAAGACUUGCUUCUUCCAGCUGAGUCAUACCAGCAGAUAAGCUUUGAAAAAGUAACAGCAAAGCCAAAAAAACCCUGAAGGAGGUUAAAAUCCUGAUAUUGCAAAUAGGUCUUAAAAGUUGAACAGUUAUGGUUCUUGUUUUUUUUCAGAGAAAGGGUUGGCAUCUAAAAAGCUGGUGUGCUGUUGCUUUUCUUAGCUGAACUCAAGCUCAUCAACUCCUCACUUGAUAGCUCUUUCACUUCUCCCCCCCCCAUGCUUUGGAUACUAUAAUUUUUAGCAGCUGUUUUGCAUGCUACAUGGUACUUGAGAGGCAGUUUUGAACCCACGCUGGCAGCAUGAAGCACUGCCCACACACAGCAGUUCAAGUUCCAUGGCUGUGACAGGGUUUUUGAUUUACACGAUUUUAUGCAAACUCUACUACAGGUGAACCUUACAGGUAAAAAACUCAGUGCAAGUCUCUGAGAUCUCUUAAGUUUAUGUGCACUGUGCAACUUGAGAGAUUUUUUAUCUAGACAACAUGGUUAUUCAUACCCAAGAAGAAACUUCGGUUUCUGGGAAAAGGGGAGAUUGGCACCACCACCUCCCAAUAAAAGCAUUACUUUAUCUUUUAUUGCAUACCUUUAAGUGACUGUUUCUGUAGCAUCUGCUGGGGAAGUUCCUUGUGGACAGUACUGGCUUAAUAGCUGCCUUAGUAAGGUCUGAACAAGCUUACCUUUUAAGUGAUUAGUGAAAGCUGGCUGAUUAUUCUCCCCUGUCAGGGUGAAUGGGCUGUUAAGGAAUUAAGACAUUCUUGAGAAAGGUACAGACUUGGUGUUAGCAUACUGAUAAAACCAUGUAUAAAGCAUACAGUGUAGGAACACCUCUCAGCCUCUUAGUUGCUGAACUGGCUUGUAGAACAUCAAGGAACAGCUUGCUGACUCAGAUGGAUUUAUUCUAAAAUGUAACUGAUCCAUUGCAAAGCACUACAGACUUGAGCUGUGCUACUCACUUUUGACUUGUCAUGGUUAAAGUUUUGUUUCUGGCUGUAAAGAUGUGACACUACCCUCACGCUGGAAUUUGAACAUCCUCCCAGCAAACACACACCAGUGGGACCUGCUGGUUUUGAAUAGUCUUGGAAGAUGACAGAAGGAAGGGCUGUGAACACAAUGGAAGCCAAUUAAUGAGCAUGUGGAGUGCUGGUGCUUGCUUACGAGGUGCGCAGGGAACCUCUCUGGGCUGCUCCUCUGCCUGCAGGAACUGUCAGGGAGGUGGUUCUGGCAGCACAGGGAGAUCAGAUGGAGCUGUGCAGUGCCGACUGCGGGGAGAGGAGUGGGAGCAUCGCCUGCUCGCUGCUGCCGAGGGGUCUGAAGCGAGUUCAAGCAGCUCCACGAGCUGCAGAGGAGCGAGAGGAGGCAGCGGUGGUGCGGUGAAAAGGAACAUCUGGUAAACACGAGUGGCUGCCAAGUCAGAUGACUGGAGCAGGAGCAUGUCCUGCAGGGUGGCAGGACAGCAGGCUGGCUGGGGAAGGAGAUGAGUCAGGCAGGGGAGAACGAGAGCAACUGGUUGAGGAAAAGCAGGAUGCAGUUGUGAAACUGGGAGCUGGCAGAAGUUCUGUUGGGUGACAGGUUGUUGUUUGCCCUGGGACGCGGUAAUCUGUAGCUUGGAUCUUGAGGAGGGGACAAAGAAAACAAGAAGAGCCCACCUGAGGAGCUGCUGGAACCUGCUCUGGGUCCCGUCUGAUCGCUGCUGCCACCAGGCCCCAGCCAGCGGCCACCAUGUACUGCCUGCAGUGGCUGCUGCCCGUCCUGCUCAUACCCAAGCCCCUCAACCCAGCGCUGUGGUUCAGCCACUCCAUGUUCAUGGGCUUCUACCUGCUGAGUUUCCUCCUGGAACGGAAGCCUUGCACGAUUUGUGCCUUGGUCUUCCUGGCAGCUCUGUUCCUCAUCUGCUACAGCUGCUGGGGGAACUGCUUCUUGUAUCACUGCACAGGAUCCCAGUUGCCAGAGUCAGCUCACGAUCCCAGUAUAGUGGGCACCUAGAAAAGGAUAAUCUUCUGGACUGCUGAGGGCUCGUUUUGCUUUUAAAAAGGGGGCGGGCUAGGGAGGAGGGAGGGAGUGUUAGGCAUGUGACUGAGUAAAACCAGCCUGUUUCCUGUAACUGUGUGUGAACUGGAGUGGUAAGUUCCUCCCACUGCCUGUGAAAUUCGACUUGUUUACUGUGUGAACUCUGGCAGCACCACCUGCUUUUUUGGAAGCAGAAAUCUUUUUUUCUCCUUCCCGUAUCACCGGGAACAGACACCAGCCCUCCUAACAGAACUGGUGGAAGACCGAGCUGCUGGCCCCUGCCCAGCUGUCGCGCGGUGGUGGAGUUGUGUGUCGCUCACUUGUCUGCAUUAGACCACGCUGGUCUAACUCAGGGCUCUGGGCCCGCUGAUUCUGCUCGAGUAGCUACAAGAUUCUCUCCAUCUUUCUCAUCAUGGGGAGCCAGCCUUCCCGCCUUGCUGAUCAAGGGCAAGCUCAGCAGCUCACAGAUGCACUUGGCCAAAAGCUGCUGGAGCCAGAGGCAGUUGAGUCACCUCCUCCUGCUCAGCCUGCCAAAGAGAUGCGUGCACUGCCGAAGUGCUUUCUGAACGACUUCCACUCCAAGAUCACAGCCUGAAAGCCUCAGUUAUGCUGCUGCUUUUAUAAAGCCUCACAAGUAGUGGAGACUGUCUCUUCCCCUCCUAGAUUUCCAGGGUUUACCAAGGUGUUGACUGUUGGGAUGAAGAACCAGUAUGCUGCAAGAUGUGGGGUUGUGAACCUCACCCUACAAAUCUCACAGUAGCCCAAAAGGCCGGGUGUGGGCGGGGCAGGAGAGGGUCCUGAGGUGGAGACAUGGCUGGAAGCCCUAAAUGCUUGAGCCAUUUUCUGUGAUAGUGUUUUUGGGCCAGGGGUGACCGAAGGUGCUGGUGCUACUGACUGGAGAACGGGAGAGGCUCGAGGGGUGCCUGGGAUCUCCAGCUCCCCUGGCAGGGGGUGUCAAGAAGCCCAGGGGGUGGGGGAUCAGUCCUACAGCCACAGCUGUGCAGAGCUCCACACGUUACACUGCAGCCACAGCUCUUGGGGAGCCCAGCCUGGGGCAGGGGUUCGUUUGCUAGAGGUUAACACAAAACACUGUCUCAACUUCAAAGGCUUCCCUCCCCUUUGCCAUCUGCUUGUCUUUACUUCAGUCUGGUAGUGGAGAGCAGCAGAAGUGGCUGUUGCUGCCCCCAGUAAGUUGGAGCUAUGAGGUUGUGAAACUUCCAAAGUAUUGUUUGUUCAUUGCACAGCUGUUCAAAAUGUUUAAUAAAGCUUUAUAAACUUUG